AUGGAAGCUAUGACAAUAACGACCUUAGAUAUGUCAGAAAGUGCCAGGGGCACGGCAUCGAAAACCAAAUUACUAUUCAUAUUCAUUCUUUUCUUGUUAUCUUUAGUGGCAUUUGUUACCCAAACUGAAUUUACAUCACAAGCAUAUCAAUCUGGAUUUAAGGAGCCUAUAAUAUUGUUAUACAUAACCCAUGGUUUAUGGUGGAUAUUAUGGCCAAUACAAGCAUUCUUUGCAUCAAUAUGGAAGACUUUGAGCAGGAAAAGAACUAGCUCGAAGGACCAAAGACGUGGCUAUGAACGGUUAUCUUCAGAAGCAGGACUUUUACAAGAACAGGAACUUCCCGUUGAGCCUCACACAAAAUACACCAAUAAUGCUACUUAUUUUAAAAGAUGCAUAAUAAAACAAAUCCGAAAUGUGUAUCAUACAUCUAUUUUGAUCUAUGAGGCAAACGUGAAUGGAGAUAGAUCAACGUCGAACCUUGAAAAAUUGAUCAAUCAAAAUCCGCGUUUGUCCACAUCUUCCUCGAUCACCAAAUGCCUUAAAUCAUUCCUUGCAACUCCAUCUUUUAAGUAUCUCUUUAAGAAAACUUUUUUUAUCACAUUUAUUUUGACAGUCGGUGGGAUUACAUGGUAUGCUGCAAUGGCACUUACAUAUGCAUCAGAUGUUACGGCUAUCUAUAACUGCUCUGCAUUCACGGCUUAUGCUUUUGCAAUUCCUAUUUUAAAUGAAAGAUUUUCCUUGUUGAAAGCUUCGUCUGUUGUGAUAGCUUUGCUGGGUGUAUUUAUCGUGGCUUAUUCUGGAGAUAAUGGGGAUAAGAAAAAUCAGGAUUAUCCUUACAGAUUGUGGGGAAACAUUAUUGUUUCAAUUGGUGCCAUCAUGUAUGGUCUCUACGAGGUAUUGUACAAGAAGUAUGCGUGUAUACCAGAACAUUUAGCUAAAAUAAUCACACCACGGCGUCAACUGACAUUUGCUAAUUUCUUCAUGUGUUUGAUAGGGAUUGCUACUUUUAUUAUACUACUGAUUGGCAUUCUAUUCGUUGAAAUAUGCCAUAUUCAUCAUUUCAAUUUUUUCGACUAUGGCGACAAGACUAACAAAAUAUGGUUAUUCAUUACUGGAUCCAUUGUUUCCAAUUUGAUAUUUUCCGCUUCCUUUUUAUCCUUGAUGGCAUUAACGAGCCCUGUACUUUCUUCUGUGAGCUCACUAUUAACUAUAUUUUUAAUAGGGCUCGUAGAGUGGCUAAUGUUUGGAAACGAAUUGAGCAUGCAACAAUUUUUAGGUAACUCCUUAGUUAUCGUCGGUUUUGUAUUAUUAACUACUGCCUCAUGGAAGGAAAUAAGUGAAGGAAAUGAACAAGAUGUCAUGGAAACAGCCAGCACCAUGUCAUUUCCUAUCAGUACCUCUGAUGAACAAGAACAAUCCGUAUAA